CCAGUCUGAAAUGCGUUCUCCUCCUUGAGAGUGACUUUUAGUGAGGAAGAAGUGAAGAAGAGAGUACAUACAUUCAUUUCUCCUGCUGUCAGCUGUUCAUCUGCAGCCUUCCCAGGACAUGGAAAAGAAGAGAGUGGCAAUUAUUGGAGCUGGCUCCAGUGGACUCUGUAGCAUCAAAUGCUGCUUGGAAGAAGGUCUGGAGCCUGUGUGCUUUGAAAGUAGUGAUGAUAUUGGGGGGCUCUGGAGGUUCAAGGAGAAUCCUGAGGAAGGCCGGGCUAGUAUUUACAAAUCUGUGAUCAUCAACACCUCCAAAGAGAUGAUGUGUUUCAGUGACUUCCUCAUCCCAGAUGAUUUUCCCAACUUCAUGCACAACUCAAAGAUAAUGGACUAUUUCCGGAUGUAUGCCAAAAAGUUUGACCUUCUGAAAUAUAUUCGCUUCAAGACUAAAGUCUGCAGUAUAACAAAACACUCAGACUUCUCUACCAGCGGACAGUGGGAUGUUACCACAGAGUCAGAUGGGAAGCAGGAAUCAUCAGUUUUUGAUGCAGUUUUGGUCUGCACUGGCCACCACACCAACGCACAUCUGCCUUUGGACUCCUUCCCAGAUUUUUUGUGAUAGAAGAGACAGAAGAAACAAUGGCAACAUAUUGGAAAAGUUACAAUGAAAGAUGACACAGUCUGGGUCACUCUAAUCAAUCCAUGAAUGAGGCAGGAGACUGCACAACAGAAGCUUUGUCAGCAAAAAUUCAUAAAUGAGACCCCAAAUGUUCAUUCUGAACUCCACUAUCACUUCUUGCCAUUCUUGAAGUUGCAGUUUAAUACUGAUAGCAUUAAAAAAGCAUCAGAGGCUGCUUGAAUCCUAUAAGCACUCCAGACUGCUAUUAUCAUCCUAACUACUUUAAAAUAAGAUUUUAAUGAACAUUUGAUUUCUUGCUAACAAUCUCUCCCAUCCAUAAUGUCUCCAUUAUUCUCCCACAAACCUGGGCUUAAAGUGACAAUUGGUUCUCCAUUCCAACAAGUGAGCUGUGGGGAUAAGCAAACUAGCAUGUCUUAUGUGGGUAACUGGCAUAGAUCAAAAUUAGGUAGGUAACAACUAUGCUUUUGUAGCAUUCACACCUGCUCUUUUCCUACUUCAUAAAAUUAACAAUGGUUGUUGCAUAAACUCAUCCUCUAUUAGAGGAUAUCAUGCUCUUUUGUUGUUGUUCGCCGUACUGAGUAGUGUGUGUGCAUGCCCUGAAUCUAAGGACUGACUGUGCUAGGUACAAACUAAACUGGAAAUUACUCACAGUAAUUUUCCAGCAUUUUGGACUGGUUUUUACCCAUGUGGCCAAAUGGAAUUACAAUGAUCAGCAGAAUGAAUUAAAUCUCAAAUUUGAUUUAAUGCACUUCCUAUAAAAUAAUAGAUCAAUUGAUUUAUAAUGUGCCAUCAAAUCAGUGUGGACUCUUAGUGACCACACUGAUAGA